CCCAAUUUCAGCCAAAGGAAUUUAAUGGGAUGUGCGCUUGGUGAUGGCUGCGUUUUAAUUUUCCUCUUUGGGACUUUGACUCGAGCCGUUGCCUUUUUUUUUCUAGACGUUUUCAACCCUUUUUUCCUACAAUGACAGACGACGGUCAACUUUCUAAUGAUGACGUGAUUUUGCUUUUCUGUCGUAAUGACCAAGAAAACGAGCUCAGCGACAUCCUCGAUAAAGGAGAAUAUACCAUCAACUAUGCCGAUUCAAUCGGCAAUACCGCUGCACAUUAUGCGGCAAAGUUUGGUUCCAUCGGUUGUCUCGAAUUGCUAGUGAACCUAGAUGACAUUGACCUCGAUAUAAAAAACCGAAUGGAAGGAAACACGCCCUUGCAUAUGGCAGUGCGAUAUGCUGAACAGGACGAAGAAACGGCUAUCUCUAUCAUAGACUUGUUACUGCAAGCAGAUGCGGAUCCCAGCAUCCGAAAUAAUGCAAAUUUAACACCGGCAAUGCUACUCGACCCGAGGCGUAAGGAAAUCAAGAAAAUGUUGGAUGAGGCUGCUGUGGCUGCUCAACUGGAUGAUUCGGAUAUUGUUCAAGACGAUGAUGAGGGAUUCAGUGACGAUGAUGACCAAGCCAGUGAUUAGAUAUCAGCAUGCAACUUAUAAUCACACAAUCGGUAACAAGACCAUUAAAAAUAAACAAGGACGGGUUUUGGCUUAUCCCUUUGGCACCAAAAAUAUAUGCCAUUAAUACAGAAGCUAAUGAAUCGGAA